AUGCGAAAACGGACAUUGACUUCGAGCGCGAGCGCUCUGCUGCUUUUCACGGCUGCUGUUCUCGGCGCAAAGCACGGAGUCCACGAGCACCUAGAAGCGCUUCACAAACGGCAUCGCGCCAAUCAUCGGUUGGGCGCCAGGUCAACGGCCGAGGAUGGAGCACAAGGCGUCGAAACAAGGGCAAUCGCGGAAACCAUAACUCCAGCGGCUCUGGAAAAGCGAGGAGGGCAAUGUGCGUUCCCUACGGACGCAGGUCUCGUCGCUGUCACCCCAGGCGAAUUGAACGCCGGAUGGGCCAUGAGUCCCGAUCAGCCCUGUACGCCGGGAAGUUAUUGUCCAUAUGCGUGUCCGCCUGGAGAAGUAUCAAUGCAAUGGGAUCCCAGUGCAACGUCCUACUCCUACCCCAAAUCAAUGAACGGCGGGUUAUAUUGCGAUGACGACGGGAAUGUUCAGAAACCAUUCCCGGACAGGCCAUACUGUCAGUCCACGGACACCAACAUUGGGGUGGUGAACAAUGCGGGUGCACACGUCUCGUUCUGCCAAACUGUGCUUCCAGGAAACGAGGCCAUGUUAAUUCCCACUUUGGUCAGUAGCUACGCCACCCUCGCCGUGCCCGAUACACAGUACUGGUGUGGCACAGCGGCACAUUAUUACAUCAACCCUCCCGGUGUCGGAACCGACGAAGCCUGCGUCUGGGGCACCAAGGCAAACCCGUUCGGCAACUGGUCGCCGUAUGUUGCGGGAGCAAACAUCGACACGUCCGGUGAAACAUUCAUCAAGCUUGGCUGGAACCCUAUCUACCUCGAACCCGCAACGCCAUUCCGCACCCAGAUGCCAUCUUGGGGCGUCAAGAUCGACUGUCCCGAUGGUAACUGUAAUGGUCUCCCAUGUGCCAUCGAUCCCACCAAAAACAACGUAAACGAGAUGGUAGGGUCGGCGAGCGAUGGAGCAGGGGGCGGCGCGUUUUGCGUGGUCACAGUCCCCAAGGGAUCGACGGCCAAUUUCGUGGUCUUCAGUACUGGCGGCGACGAUAGCGACAGUGAAGCCGCCGCAAAAUCAUCGACAAGCGGCGCGAAAGCUGGACAGUUCUUUCAGCCCACCAGCUCUGCAGAAAUUGCGGCCACAACAUCAGCUGAGUUGUCUUCGUCCCCGACGGAAUCAAGCUGGAGUGAACCCCCUUCAUCUUCCUUGGAAUCGACUGCCAGUGCUUGGUCAUCAUCGUGGGAGCCUUCAAGCUGGUCUUCGACGCCACCCUCUUCGUCUUCGUCUUCCUCUUCUUCUUAUUCUUCUUCUUCUUCUUCUUCUUCUUCAUCAUCAUCAACGUUUUCCACGACCUCGUCCACCUCUCGACUGCCGACAUACUCGGCUUACUUUUCUUUAUCCGUCAAUGCGACCACCUUCACUCCGGCCGCGGUUACUAUCGAAUCCAGCACUGUUGAGGCGACAGCGACUCCUUCGGGACCUUCAAGGCAACAUUCCAUUGAAUCAGUAACUGGUGCAGCGUUCUGCAUUCAAUCUUCUCUCGCCAGCAUCCUUUACGGCCUGGGCCUGUACCUUCUAUUCACAUUAUAA